AUGGGUACUGCGACGUUGGUUGUCAAUGCCGUCGCCGGCAUGCUGCUGGCCGUGCUUCUAGCUCGCGCAAUCAGGUUCAUCUUAGCAUUAUGGACAGCGAGGCGUUUCAUCAUGAGGAUGCGAAAGCUAGAAAAGCCGAUGCCUCCUUUUAAUCCAAUCCUCGGCCACCUGCUAGCAGGAAAGACGGCGAGCGAAGAGCUACCGCCCGGCGCUCACAGCAUGCACAUCUUGAACAGGAUGACAGCUAAAUACGGCAGCACAGGGGCAUAUUAUCUUGAUAUGUUCCCAGUGAUGACGCCGAUCCUCACCGUCUCUGAUCCGCAUAUGGCGAACCAGGUAAUGAACCACCCAUUUUCCAGCGCAGAAAAACCUCCUGCGUUGAUAGACUGGUUCCUGCCCAUAACAGGCGGUCCCAACCUGUUUACGCAAAAUGGCGAUGCAUGGAGGCACGAUCACAAUCUGUUCAUGCCCUUUUUCAGCAACAGCAAUCUGGACGCUGCCUUCCCCUUCGUGGUUGAACAAAUGGCCAUCUAUCGGGACAAGCUGCGCGCAUUAUCGAAGUCGGGAGAGCUAUUCUCCUUGGAACCGUUGACCCUGGCUCUCAUGAACGAUAUCAUUGGAAGACUGGUCUUCAAUGCUCAGCUCGGAGCACAAGCCACGGCACAUCCACUGAGCGACACCAUGAUCCGGCAAUUGAAUCUCAAGUUCGUCGCCAAUGGUGUGGUUAGUAACUUGGGGAGGUUAAACCCGGUGAAGUUGUUCCAAUUUUGGAACAAUGGCUGUAUCCUUGACACUCAUAUUCGAGCCCAGAUUAACAACAGAGUGGCGGCAUAUCGAUCGGCCAAAAUCGACGACGAACAGGCUUCGUUCAAGUCGAUCCUCGAUAUCGCCCUCGAGACGUACUACUCUCAGGCCGGGAGACGCGCGACCGACGAAGUGGACGCCGAUUAUCUCAAGAUGCUCUGCGCGCAGCUCCGCAUGUUCUUCUUCGCUGGUUACGACUCCACGGCAGCAACCAUGGUGUACUGCUGUUACACAAUUUGGAAGCACCCCGAGGUACUCGCUAAACUUCGUGCAGAGCACGACGCCGUAUUUGGACGCAACGUGGCAGCCGCAAUGGACAUGAUCGCUGACGACCCAGCCCUUCUUAACUCCCUGCCAUACACCAACGCAGUUAUCAAGGAGACGCUGCGCCUUUUCCCUGCUGCAGCCGGAAUUCGACAGGGCUGCCGUGACUUGGUGCUCAAGGAUGAGGCCGGAAACGAGUAUCCCACCGAGAGCUGCGGUAUACAGAUCAGCCACCUCAGCAUUCAGCGCAACCCCAAGUUGUGGGUGCGGCCGCUGGAGUUCGUUCCUGAGAGAUUUCUGGUGGAGCCGGGCCACGAGCUGUACCCCUUGAAGGGAGCAUGGGGGCCUUUCGGGCACGGGCUUCGCCUGUGUACUGGUCAGGCGCUGGUGACUAAGGAGGUGAAGGCGUUUUUAGUGUUGCUUUCAAGAGAAUUCAACGUGAAGGAGUGUUACGACGAGGUGGAUGGAGAUAGGAAGAUCGAUUUGACGAAUGUGGAUAAUGAGAAAGUGUAUCAAGUCGAGGCUGGGGCUGCCCAUCCUCGUGACAAGUUUCCUUGUCGCGUAUCGUUGAGUGGGUACGUAAGUCCCUGA